CUCGGAAGCUAGUCUACUGCCUCAGAAUGCCCACAGAUGAACACCGGGUGAAGGUUGGAGUCAGCUGGUUAACGAAGACUGCGAUCGACUCACUUGCCUCCGUGCAAAACGCAGAGUAUGUUGCUGAAGCCUGAAGCAUCCAGCUGAAUCGCUGUGCUGUGCCUGUAGGUGGCCAACUCAUUUCCUCCCCCAACUCCCAUGGGCGACUACGGCACCGCCACCAACCCCUCCUCGCCGCCCGCGGCCAUGGAUCCCGACUCCGAGGUGACCUUCGACUUCCUGCCCUACCUCUGCCAGUACAAGAGCGGCCGCAUCCACCGCCCCGGCGGCUCCCCAACGGUCCCCGCCGGCACGGACCCCGCCACCGGCGUCGUCUCCAAGGACGUCCGCGCCGGCCCCGCCUCCGUCCGCAUCUACCUCCCGCCCGGCGCCGCCGGCAAGAUCCCGGUCGUCGUCUACUUCCACGGCGGCGGCUUCGUGGUCGGCUCGCCGGCGCGGCCGAGCACGCACAACUACCUCGUCGACCUGGUGGCCCGCUCGGGCGCCAUCGUCGUGUCCGUCUACUACCGCCUCGCGCCGGAGCACAAGCUCCCCGCCGCGUACGACGACGGGUGGGCGGGGCUGCGGUGGGCGGCCACGCUCGGCGGCGGCGAGGAGCCCUGGCUGCUGGACCACGCCGACCUCACCCGCGUGUUCCUGGUCGGCUGCAGCGCCGGCGCCAACAUCGCGCACAACACCGCCGUGCGGGCCUCGGCCCCCGGCGCGCUCCCGGACGGCGUGGCCCUCCGCGGGCUCGCGCUGGUGCACCCGUACUUCACGGGCAGGGAGGCCGUCGGCGGCGAGGUCGCGUUCGGCCCCGAGAUCCGGGGGUACAUGGACCGCACGUGGCGCUUCGUGGUCUCGGAGACGGUGGGGCUGGACGACCCGCGCGUGUGCCCGUUCGUGGACGACGCCGCCCGCCGGGCCUCCGCCGGGAUCCCGUGCGAGCGUGUGCUCGUGUGCGUCGCCGAGAACGACUUCCUGCUCAGGGAGCGCGGGCUCUGGUACCACCGGGAGCUCAAGGCCAGCGGGUACGCCGGCGAGCUGGAGAUCUUCGAGUCUAAGGGCGUCGGCCACGCGUUCCACUUCGACCUGCUCGGCUCCGAGCAGGGCGUCCAGCUGCAGGAGCGGACCGUCGCUUUCAUCAACAAAUGAAUGGAAUCUCGGCUCCUGAUGUCGACAAGGGUUCAUGAAGAUAUAUUAUUGUCUAUUUCUCAUGAAAUAAGUGUUUAUGAGUUUUGUGCUACCAUCGAUCAUUUCCAUACUUCAACUCGAUCAUUUCCAUACUUCAACUGUAAUACCUUGAAAUUUGCUUCAUCUGUUCCUGAUCCCAACUAAACUUUCAAGGUUUUCAGAUCGUUUCGUUA